GGUCAAAGUUUGAGACUCGAGACUCUUCCAGUUCCAGGCAGGUGGACCAAAUAAACAUAUGGAAUCCACGCGGGAAAACACUUCCUGCUGUUGACCACCUCUUUCCCCUCCCAUCCAUGGGGGAAGAAACGCGGAGGGCAAGGCGGAAAAGAGAGAGGAGAAUGGAUCGAGAAGCAAAAAGGUCCAGGUGUUCGACCAUUUGCCGGAGUUGGAAUUCUUUUGCUUCGGAGCGACGAGCAGGAUUUCCUUUGGAUCAGUACUGGGGGAAAUGAAUGCAAGUAGAACUGCCCAGAAAAAUCUCGGCUAAAGGAAUUUAUCACAGCUUCAGCAUGUAUGUUGGAGACUUGGAGUUCGAAUUGUUGAAUCCAUCUUGUUCAGGUUUGUCGAAGACAGUCAGAUGAUCGAUCAACCGCAUGAAAUUCUCUAGGUGCUACCUGAACAUCUGCAGUUUGGACGCCAACUACUGGUUUGGCACUUUGCUACAUUUAAUUAUUUUAGUCACUUCGUAAUUCCUUUGGUGGAUAUUGUUUGACUAUCAAGUACUCUACACGAUAUCCAACUUUUUUUUCAAGAGGACAAGAGCAUAUAAUCAGCCUUUUUUAGAGAAGAACGAUAUACACACAUGUCAAAUGCUAAAACUUUCCCUCCGCCAAAUUUCCGUGGUGGAUGUAUGAUACUUCUAACCCUAGUUACUUAUUGGGAGGGGAAAAAGUGUCGCCUAUCUUGUACAAGAGUAGGAGCCUAUAAAUACCUCAUGUCCCACUUGGAACUAUCUCGUAAACAGUACAAGUCUUGGCGAGUCAUGUAGCCACUGUGAUGGGCAUAAUAAGCCAACCUUAACUAUUUCAAUUAAAUAAAAGAAUUACAAUGUACCGUACAUUAGCAUUACAAAUCCAUGAAGAUAAGAGGAAACUAAUAACUAGAAUGCCGAUGAAGCAUGCCAGGGGACAGGCCAAAGCUACAAGAACAAGCAAAACCCAACGCAAAACCACGUACCGAAGAACAUGGCUGCACUUCAAAGCAAUCUAACUAGUAGUCACCUGUAGACGCCAUCAAUGAAUAUUGAUGUCACCUAGAGGGAGGGGGUGAAAAGAUGUGUAAGUUUAUUUUAAGGAUUUGGCUAUUCCUAAUGCAGAAUUUUUAACUAGCGGAUUAUUUUCAAGCACAAAUCAUAAAAGUACCAGGCAGAACUAAGUGCACCAACACCCUAUGUCUAAACAAGGUAUGCAAAUCUAGGGUGAUAAGCAAACAAUUCAAAAUCUACACAAGUUAUAUCACAAAUAUAUGAAGAGUAUGAAUUGAAUACAAGUAAAUGGAACAAGAGAUAAAUGAUGUUUUGUCGAAGUUUAAAUAUCACCUACCCUCCGUUGAGGUAGCACCAAUCACAGAAAGAGGAACACCAAGCUCUCCCUCAAACCAUUUUCCUCUUGAGGACAACAAGUCCUCGAUCCACCAUGGAUAACUUCUUCCUCCACUCCAGAGAUGGCAAGCUCCACAACCACCGGGGCCUCUUCACAAGCUUCUCGAAGAGAUCACCGAGCCAAUACCAUCAAAUUGUCUAUGAGUUGAUGGCCUCACGCCUCAAAGAAUAACAAGCCUUUUGGGUUCUCAGUCAAAUCAAUCGACACAGAGAGCUCAAAUUGAUGCAACAAAUGCAAUCACACAGUGUAAAGAAUGCACAAAUGCAUUCCUCAAAUCUCACACUAUGCAACUCAUGCAAUGGAUCAAUAGAGAGAGAACAGGGGCAAGGGAGAAGGUCAACAAAGGACUCCUAGGGGCAGCAACAAUCCUACCCAAUCCGGCCUAUUAGCCAUUUGGAGGUUUUUUGGAUUAUUCAAAAGCCUCCAACGAUAAAAAAAAGACCGUUGGAACAUGCAGACAAAAUCUGGAUUUUCAUGUGUACUCGAAGCACACAUGAAUGUGACUCGGACCUUCCUUACCAUACCCUUUCAAUGAUCAACCAAAUUCCACCGCGGAGACGAAGGAGGACCUCUUCGGCUCUUCCUACGUAAUAGUGGAGGUUGAACUAGGCACAAAGCAAACAGAAAACAACUUCAAUAAGAGGAGGGCUACAAUGUCCUACAGAUUGGCAGCGAAAAAGGUUGGCACUGUCAGACUUCUAAGAUGAUGACCAACAAGUAGAAACCAGGAAGGAGCAAAGGAGGAAGUCGAGUGACGCCAAAAACUGGAAGUAGCCGGUAGGACUGAAAAUCUUGAAUCUUUUAGAACAGGUAAGAACCUCAAUGAGAAUAACCUUUCACAGGGUAGAGCGCUGCCAUCAACCACACACCCCUACUCCUCAGAGCAGAGGGAAUACAAGGAAAUGCCAUCGCCAGAUUGUGGCAGCAUAGGAUCAACCAUGAAAACAGGGGAAUGAACCAAAGGAGGGUUGCCAUCAGAAAAAUUGCUCCAAAUGACGAAUCUCCAAAGCUUACAAAGAAGGCACAAGAUGGUCUCAGAGAAAAUGAGCUGACGACGAUAGCCAUGAAGCAGUCCAAAGCAGAGCUAUACUGUCGGAGCCUCUCCUACAGUUUUCGGUCAAAAAAAAGUUGGCACAUCGACAUGGUAUAGAGGGCGGAGCGUAGUGGAACCAAGGGCCAGUGGACCUAGAUCUGGCAGCACAAUCCCACCGUGCAAAUGUGUUGCAAUCGGAAGCAGGUCCUCCCUAGCGAACAAGGGCCACAACAGGGGAUUCAUAUUCCACAUCAGGACACCACAGGCUAAACCAGUGUGAGCCAGACCAACUGAUGUGGGCAAAGAGAAGGGAGAGGCAGGACAACGCUAUGAACUGGAUUAAGAGACAGCUCUUAGGGCUUUGCUGGAUCGCAUGAAUAAAAAAUACAUGAAUAUGAAAAAUAUAUAAUUGGAAUGUUACGACAUGUUGAAUACUAAAUAAUCAAAAACACAGGAAUUGGUCUAAAGAGUUUUUUGGACACAGAAAAAACACAGAGAUUUUGUGAUUAAACCGUACUUAAUUAAAGUGAGAGAGAUUGAGAGAAGAUGCAUUGAGAAUUUCAAAGGAAAUUUUCCAUGAGGAGUUUUUCAAAAUUUGGAGGGAAAUUCUUAUCUUAUGAAAUUCCUUAGGUGAAAUCCAUCCAAAUAGUAUGCGUAGGAUCCCUCAUCCCCCACACUCCCACCCCCACCCCUAGUAGAAUCUUGCAAUUUUCCUUCAAAAUUCCUAUGAUCAGGGCCUUAAUGUAAAAUGAAUUGGGAGAGGCCUAAUAGUUCAAGGCUCUAAGCCAUCAACGUGACUGGAAAACGACAGCUAUUAGAAGCUCGGCAAGAACAUUUAUAAUGGGAGCACAGGAGCAGCAAGGAGGCCAUCACGGGAAACACGUGAAGAAUAUCGCCCACGCGACCUCACCAUGACCAGAGUUGGACCUUGAACAGAGAACAAACACACUCGCCCUCCAUGCACACGCUUCAAACCAUCUAAAAUAUUAAUUGAUUAAAACACACAUGUUAUUAGAAGUUAGUACUACUCCGUACAAGACUAUGGUCCAGGCGAAGUCUUUACUCGUCAUUUGCCCUUCAAACAUCUUGCCGUCAGUAGUAGCAUGUUCCAUGAGUCUAGUUCACACAACGGAGCUUCUCUUGUUCAACUACAUCUACUCGUCAUUGAUUUUUUCUUCCUUUUGGUUCGCAUCUCGGAUAUAUCUUUGUUAUAUGUUGUUUGUAUUAGUAUAUUAAUUAAUCACAUUGAUCGGUGUCUUCAAUAUGCAUAAAGGAUAAAUACUAAUGUAUGUAUUGCUGACUAGUUAUGAGAUUAUACAUAUAUAUUGUUACUUAUUUCCCCCACAAAAAAAAUAUUGUUAAUCAAUUGGAUGGAAACCACACGUAGAAGUUAAAAAUAAUAAUCCCAAAACAAUGUGAUGUGUAGAUGUGCUAUAAGCAUGUAGAAUCAGGUUGAAACACAAGUGCAUUUGAAAGAUAGGGAAACAAUAAAUUUAACGUGAACGGUGAUUUAUAUUACUGUUCUGCAAUUAUUCAUUUGUCAAAUUCUCCUUUUCAUAUGUUCUAAGGGUGGCUGAGUCUGAUCUAAUAUACCUAUAGAGUACAAUUUGCUCAAUAUUUUAUUUUUUAUAGUUUUUUGAAACGUCUAUUUGUGGUCUUUAUUUUUUUUUCAUUGUAAAGGUGACCACAAGUUUUCUAAAGAAAAGUCAUCGUUACUAUUCAUUAGACUAAUAAAAAAAUCAAAAUAGAAGCUUUAUGGAUCCCACGUGUCUUAUCAAGAGACACAACCCCAAGAGUUCCACCAAUGAGAUUUGUUUUGCUCAUCGUCAAUCAGAUUUACCUAAUCUAGAAAAUUGCGCGUAGAACUGUCCCUUCCAUUGAACACUAAAAUUGUUUGAGAUUUUGCAAGAAAAAGUACUUCAUACCUCUCCGGUCUGUAUGAUGCUUUUUCUUCUUCUUCUUCUUUUUGAGAAUAUUUUUUUCUUCUUUUUGAGAGGUCUGUAUGAUGCUGAAAUGUAGUAGAGCAGCAGUACAAUUUACACGGACAUAGAAAUCCCUGUUUAAAGUAGGAAUAAGAAAUCCUUGAGGGUGCCAGCCGCAAAUUCUCUCCUGCGUGGAACCUUCUGCGGCUGCCUUUUGCCUACGGCUGACGUCAUCAUCUCCUGUCGCUAAGCGCGUGGCCGUGCGAAAUAAUCCCCAUCGCUAGCUAACCACGCACGUGCUCUUUAGCCCUCGUGUCUUUUGCAAUAGAAGAUGCAUUCCAGCUUUGACCAUCUCCGCUCCGCUCCAAUCGAACGUCUCCUCUCCUCUCCUCUCACAGCCAAUUUGACCACGUGACCCAAAUCCCACCCCUCGCGCCCACGGCUCCUAUAUAACCUCCGUCCGACUGUUUCUGGAUGAAGAAAACACUUGACGAAGCACACAGGCGCGCAUCACCUCGAGGCAGAGAGAAGCAGAGCAAGGACGAGAUCACGAGACCCAGGGAAAUGCAGAUGGACUCCUACUAUGCCUUCCAGCAGGACGACUCGCCCUUCUUCGCCGCCGCCGGCGCGCACCCGGCCUCGCCGGAGCUGCCCUUCGCCGAUCUCAUGGCCUCGCUCUUGGAGGAGCCGCCGGUUGUCGCCGCGAAGCCGAGCGCGUUCCAGAAGUACCGCGAUGCCGGGGCGCGAGGAGGAGCAGGAGGCAGCAGCAGCAGCAGCGGGGGGAGGGGAAACAUCCACCGGCGGGUGAUGGACACGCUGGGCAGGAUAGGGUCGGGUGGGGAUCAGGUGCGGCAGGAGGAGCGGCAGGAGGAGCCGCCGCAGCAGCAGCAGCCGGCCGGCGCCGUCGAGAGCAGCCGCGGGUUCCGGCACAUGAUGCGCGAGCGCCAGCGCCGGGAGAAGCUCAGCCAGAGCUACGCCGACCUCUACGCCAUGCUCUCCUCGCGGUCCAGGGCGGACAAGAACUCAAUUGUGCAAUCCGCGGCGAUGUACAUCCGCGAGCUCGAGGGCGCAAAGGAUCAGCUCGAGAGGAAGAACGAGGAGCUGAAGGCCAAGAUCCUCGGACAUGAUACGAAGCAGCAGUGCGUAAAGGUUCAGUUUGAGGUUGACGAACCUUCGUCUUCCAUCGACUCCAUGAUCGGGGCUCUCAGGCGCCUCAAGAGCAUGAAUGUGAAGGCAAGGGGGAUCCGCUCGACGUUGUCCGGACAUAGAUUGGCGACGGAGAUGAAUGUCGAGACCACGGUUGCGGCUUCUGAAGUGGAAAGGGCAGUGGAGGAGGCUCUCAGGGAAGUCGAGAGGAACCAGCCUGACAGCGAAACCACGUUUCCUGGAAGCAGGAGGGGCAGCUGGUCCCAAACAUCACACGUGCAAAACGUGUUCUGAACAAUUAGACACCCAAACCAUGGUGCUGAAACCACAUUUGUUCAUUCUUUUUCCCCGCUUCUUCUUCUCUUUUUUUUUUGCCUGAUGGGGAAAGUGCAAAUCCCCACAUGCUCUUAUCCUUUUUCUGUCCAUCCUCAUCGUUUAGUCCUAGUGGGCCUUUUUUUAAGGUUGUGUAGAUGUUAGUAGCUUGCCAGAUAUGCAGACAGUGAGGUCAGCUUGAAUCAGAUGGGUUGGAAAAAAUUGAAGAGGAGCACAACUUGCACAUUUUGGCUGUUUGCUAAUUUACGGCCUGUGCGGGCAUGUUACACGCCAUCGCAGCCGGGAAGGACUAAUGAGGAGGAGAGCAAAGAAGAGGAAAUAAUAGGACAGUGAUAUAGUACGCGAGCUUUGGAAGGAGGACGAGGUCGCCAUGGCUGCUGAGAUUGUAUAUCUUGAUCACCUAAAAUUUAGCAUACCAUGUCACCAUUGUGUUUCAAGCCAAGUAUUUCGAUUCACGAACAACAAAAGAGGAUUAGCCCAAAUCCUGUAUUGCCAAGUAAUUAGCCCCACUAA